UGAAUUUGCUGCCUCCUCGUUCGCUUAUUCUUGACAUGUUUUCAGCGAAUCCUCGACCUCUAGAUCUAAACGACGGAUUAGAGACAAAUGUUUUCGUUCUCCAGUUCUACGCCAAGUGAACGAUCCCGUUAUCAUGUGAAAUGAGUGGGUCAGUGGCACCUCUUACCCUCAUACAGUCUUUUUUCUUUUUUUUCUCCUCUUCUUCACUGCUUCUUCUUUCUUUCAACUUUUAUUUUAUGAUCACGAGCAUUGGUCGUCACAUAGGGACCCAAAGUGCGUUCGCAUCAUUGACCCGCAGAAGCGGGGGCCUUGCCAUGGGACUUUAGUGGGGCUUCGCCGUUCUACACCUCGUUUUUAUCCAACAAACUGGUGUUCUCCGAUCUGAAAGUGCGGCCAGACAUGCUUUUCUUCCAACGAGUGUAUAUCAUAGGAUAUUAGUAACUGUGAGCACGAGCAACGUGUCGCGUGUAAAAUCUCGAGCUCUUGUUAUUUUACGAUUAUUAUUCUAUAAUUAUUUCCUCUUUUAUUAUUAAGCGCAUUUUUUGUUGAAAAUAAUGAAAAAGUGACGAUUGUCUUUAAAAGAAGUGUUUUUUCGGGGAAAAUAAUUUUAUUUUCUUUUUUAAAUUUGAAAAAAUUGGAAAAUACUGUUGAUUCUCAAUUGGAGAAUUUUGUUUGCUAGUCAGACGGGAGUUGUCUGACUUUUUUUUAAAACACAAUUUUUUAAACUGGAUCUACAAAGAUGAAAAUUGCCACGACGUUAUUUCUCUUCGUCGUCGUUGGCUGCACGUGGCGGGAGGCUUUAAACACAUGUGUAUUGGAAUCCGACUUUGGUUUCGUUCUUAAUUGUGCCUUCAAAAAAUCCGGUCUCUUCCGGGUUCGAAAUCUGGGAGGUGUUAAAGGUUACGUCGGACUCGGAUUUUCAGUUGGAGACGAACUUGGAUUCCGUGAUUCCUUAAGUAAUACAGAAGCACUGAGCAAGAGGCGAAGUGUUCAAGAUGGAAGGGGAAAUUUCAUUGCCAUAAAUCCAUCAAAUGUGGCUGUUAAUCGCGAUGGACAGCGAGUGGUGCCACCAUUCAAGCCACUACCACCGGGUGGUACACGACCAAUGGCACCACAACCCGAACGCCAAAGAUUAGUUGUACAGCAAAAUUCCACAGCAUUAAAAACAAUUCCAGCACCAGCAUUAGGUGGAAUAAGAAAUGAAGAAAUUAUAAGGCAACAGGAAAAAAUGAAAGAAGAGGAUAAGGCCAGGCAACAGCAGAGAGUUCAGCAGGAGGUACUUGCGAUGCAAAUGCUGAAGCAGCAGAGACUUCAACAACAGGAGGCAAUGAGAAAGCAGCAGAUGCAAAAAAUGGCUCAACAGCAGCAAAUACAGAAAAUUGCUCAACAACAGAUGCAGCAGCAACAGAUGCAACAGCAACAAGUGAAACAGCAGCAGAUGAAAGAGCAGCAGCAAAAACAACAACUACUACUACAGCAACAGCAGCAACAACAACAACCACAACAGUUACAGCAGGAGAAACAGAUGCAGCAGCAGCAACAACAAAUGCAACAGCAGAGUCAGAUGCAGCAACAGCAAAUGCAGCAGCAGCAGUUACUACAACAACAACAAUUGAAGCAGCAACAGUUGCAACAACAGCAACAGCAGAUAGCAGCUAUGCAAACCAAACGAAUGCAGGUGGUCCAAGGAUCCACGAGUAAUGUUGCAAGACUGCCGACAAUUGUUGCAGCAAUACCACCUGCUGGAAGUGUUGUUAAUGAUCCACUACCAAAACCAGUUGCUGGUAUUGUAAUUCCUAAUAGUGCACUGCCACCGUUUAUAGCAAUGCCUAAAUCUUCAGCUCAAUUGACAAACAGAAUCAGUCAUAGUCCAACAAUAUUGGAGGAUUCUGUUAAUGAAGUCUCGAAAGAUGAUGAUAAGCAACUACCAAUUCCAGGGGACGAUAGUCCAACAUCAUCAUCGCAUAAAUUAACACUCUUGUCUUUUCCACAAGUGGUUGUAGAACCAUUUGUUGAUCAAUCAUUGCCUGAACAACUAAACGGAAAAAGACAAUCAGUACCAUCGUCAGUAAAAAAUUCUCUUUCAUCCUCCAAUAAGGAUUCUCUUCAAUCCUCGAUUAGAAAUUCUCUUCCAUCGUUGGAACCCAUUCAGAGUAUGGAGACAUCAUUAAAGGCCUUAGCUGAAGCUAGUAAUAUUACCUUGGAAGCAUUAGAGGCGGCUAUUUUCUUGAAGCAGCAGCAAUUGUUGCAGAAGCAGGAGGGACCAACAACAACGACAACAACAACUACUACCACAUUAUCUCCAGUAAAGAAUAAUAAUAACAAUAAUUAUUCUGGAACAACGAAAGUCAUGAAUGCUCCACGGGAAUAUUAUCCAGUUGGAUACGAUAAGAAUUUUGAUGAUAAUUUUGCCAGUCGAGUGGAUUUGCCUGAUACGAGUUUCUAUUGUGGGGAUCAGAAGCAUUUUCCUGGAUUGUAUGCGGAUGAAGAUCUUGGUUGCAUGGUCUUCCAUGUCUGCGCAUUAACCGACGAUGGUCUUAUAAUGAAAAGUUUUUUGUGCCCCGAGUCAACUCUCUUCGAUCAAACAAUAUUAAAAUGCAACUGGUGGUUUUAUGUUGAUUGCAAAUCAUCGAAAACUCUCUACGACAGCAACAUUCCAAUAAGCAAAAGUUACCAGCUCAUGAAAGCAUUGGCGUUUUUCUCGGCCUAUAAAAAUCACGAUAACAGUACCAUGCAAGAAACAGAAACGGAAGAAGCAAGAAGUGUUUAGUAAAUUGAGAAUGAUUGUGUGAAAGUUAGAUAAAUUUUUUUUCCCUCCAUUAAAUUAUUAAUUAAAAACAAUGACUUUGUCAAUUAUUGAAAGUCACAAGUUUAGACAAUAAAAUGUACUAUAUAUACAUAUUUCACAAAUAUUUUCUCAUGAAAUUGGAAAAAACGCUCAAAAAAAAAAAAAAAUUUAUGAUCGUUUCGCCAUUUCAAUUGCUCAAAUAAAUUUAGAUUUAUCUUCAUUGACUUGUCACCUGAUUGUUGAAAAUCAAGUGUCGAAGAUUUUUCCCCAAAUUUUCAAUUUUUCUAUUAAGUUUAGUAAUUUGUAUAAAUGUGAAAAUGAUAAAUUCUGUUAGUAAUUAUUUAAAUUAUUUGUAAUUAAAAAAAGUAUUUAAUUUUAUUAAUAGAGAAUUUUGUAAUGAAUUUUUUUCUACUCUUUACACUAAGUUUUCAAAUUUGAAGUUUUCCUUUCCAUUUUCUCGAUUCUUUCUUGAAAUUAUCUUCGAAUUAAUCGAAAAACAUCGAGAGAAAAAUUAACAUUUUAUAACAAAGUGUUUUAUCAUUUUUUUUCUUUUUUGUUAAAUUAAUUAGAAAUUCAAUUCUUGUCUAUAAAUGACAAUUAAGAUUUCGUAUUUUACAUAUAGGUUUUGGGAAUUUACGACAUUUUCUGAUUAGAAAUAUUAGCGAAUUAGUGAUAUAUAAAUGAUUGCGUGACAGAGUUAAAAAUUUAGUGACAAGAUUGUAAGUAAAAGUAUAUUGAAAAAAAAAAUUAAUCGAAGUAAAUAACUUACAGUGUCGAUAGCAGCAAUAAAAUCGAUAAUAAACGUGUUAAUAAAAUUUUAAUCAAAAGAUUAAGUAUUCACUGUUGCGAAAUUAUAGAGAAGAAUCAUAAUAUAGUGAAUUGUACUUCUUUAUAUAAAAAGCUGAGGCUCUUGCCUAUAUUUAUUUUUUAAGAAAUGUAAAUAUAUUUUUUAUUUAUUCACGUUGAAUUUUUAAAUAAAUUAAAUUUCUAAUUAA